AUGAAACAACUGAUAGUGACGGUGCCAUUGAUUGAGGCACUUAUGCAAAUACCGAACUAUGCUAAAUUGAUGAAGGAAUGGUUGACUAAGACGCGGAAGGUAAGAUGUAGGCUGGUGGACAAUAUCCACCACUGUAGUGAUGUUUCUUCAAAAUCCUUAGUGCAGAAAAAGCCUUAUCCUGGAGCAUUUACAAUAUCGUGCACAGUUAGGUCCAUAAAGCUUAUGAAAGCUUUAUGCGACAUAGGACCAAGUAUUAAUCUAAUGCCACUUGAGAUCUACAAGAAACUGGGAUUGGGGGAACCUACCCCCACAAUAAAGCGUCUUGUGAUGGCAAACAGAUCGGUGAAACGACUAGUAGGUCUAUCGCAUAUUGUACCGGUGAAAGUGAACAACCUUAUUUUCCCUGCAGAUUUUGUAAUAUUGGAUUGUGAUGUUGAUUUUGAAGUACCAAUUAUUCUGAGUAGACCAUUAUUAGCCACGGGGAGAGUAUUGGUUAAUAUAGAGCUCAAUGAGCUCAAGUUUAGAAAUAUUAAAAAGGAGGACAGAUUUAAAAUGCAACCUUCUAUGAAUCAGUUGGAGGAGAUGAAUAUCUUUUUGGUUGUGGAUGUAUUCUCGGAAUGUGGUAAUGAUAUAGUGAUACGGCAUCUUGACAAAGUCUGA